ACAUCAGUUAGUUGCCUCCCGCACCCACCCCAACAGGGGCAGAGAUUGAACCUGCAACCCAGGUACCUGUCUUUGACGGGAACAAACUCCAGACUCUCUGGUGCACAGGCUGACACUAACCACUGAGCACGCCAGCCAGUACAGCCUUCUCUCUUUCCACUCACUCUAGUGACCCUUUUGGAGAUUGUUUUUCAGCCCACACCUUCCCCUCCCUGAAGCUUGUCCCCACUGGGCAGAGUGGGUGAAGUAUCACGGACAGGGGUCGUCUCCUGCCUCACGCCUUAGGAUGGUUCUCCUUCCCAGACUCUUCCCUUCUGAUUUAUUUUAUGGUACAGUAUUUCAUAGCCAUUUGCCCAUAUUCUCAUUCUCUCUCUCUCUCUCUCUCUCUCUCACACACACACACACACACACACACUACAAAGGAUGAUGAGGUUUUUUUUGUUUUUAGUGAAAGGAACCCCUGCCCCUACUUCCCUAUCUAAUUGGGUUCGAAUAAAACAUGUCUUGGUGGGACUGGGACAGUGGGCUUCCGUUUUCCCAGGACCAUGGAGUGGACCAGCUGGCAGUUCUCAUGUGCCGGUCCAGAGCCCAAACUGGAAGAAACUACGGAGGCCAGGCAGACGGGAAGCUGGUGGGAAAGCUGAUGGGCUUAUUGAGGGACCGGGGAAUGAAAUAGACGCGGUUAACAUUGGAUAAAGUGGACUCUUGUGAAUACUAACUGCGAACACUCAUUCACUGUUGCACUGUACGAAGUCUUUGAAGUGUAAUUAAAAGUUUGUAUUGAGCCCUGAGCUUUUGGCUGGCGCUUGUUUUGCCGGCCUGUGGAUUAAGUACUAAAGUGCACUACACGCUACUCACCUGUGCACAAGCCUCGUCCUCCAGCAGUUUCCCCUCCCCCCGUGGGCGGCUCGGUGACGGACAUUCCGCUGCUUCCAAUCGGACGCGCCCAAUGCCGGGAGCGGCCAAUCGGGGGCUCCGGUGGGCGGGACAUCCUGGCCAGGUAGAUUUGGCGGUUCCAUUUUAAGAUGGCCGAAGCUAGCAACGCCAGCGUUGGCAGCGGCUGUGAGGAAAAAGGGCGGGAGGGCUCGUCCCCCGAACCCGUGCCCCCUGACACUACCAUUUCGAGGAUGAAGCUUCUCGACACCACAGUGGAUACUUUCCUCCAGAAGCUGGUCGCCGCUGGGAGCUACCAGAGAUUCACUGACUGUUAUAAGCGCUUCUACCAGUUGCAACCUGAGAUGACUCAGCGAAUCUAUGACAAGUUUCUAACACAGUUACAGGCAUCCAUCAGGGAGGAAAUCUCUGAAAUCAAAGCAGAGGGAAACCUGGAAGCUGUCCUGACUGCCUUGGACACAAUUGUGGAAGAAGGCAAAGACCGAAAGGAGCCAGCCUGCAGCGGGACGCCCUGCGGCGCCGGGUGCAGAGGCAGGAGGCCGAGAACAGGCAGCUGGCGGAGGCCGUCCUGGCCGGGCGCCGGCAGGUGGAAGAGCUGCAGCGGCAGGGCCAGGCUCAGUGGCAGGCCUGGCAGGCUCUACACAGAGGACAGAAGGACCUGGUGGCCAUGCUGAGGGAGCCUGAGUAAGGGGGAGAUGGCUGGCCCAGGAGCAGAAGGUGGUCAAGAGCCCUGUACAGCUGCAGUGUUGCCUAGUCCCUGAGCAAUGAUGGAAUUUGCUGGGGGACGAGGUGUGAGCAGUCCCCACUGCCACUGUGCCGUGGGGAGCCCUCGAAUCACACACACUACCUUCCGAUUCCUCCAUUUCCUUCUAACUUGAGGAUUCUUGGCCAGAUCCAUGCCGGCCGCCUGCCCCACUCCCCCAAGCCUGCUACUUCCUUACCCCUCCCUAGGACCUGGCUUGGAAAUCUGUUUUCAGUCUCCACUGAUUGCCCCUUUGCUGGCCAGCUGAGGGCCUGUGCCAUGUUCCCUCCACAUCCGUAAAUAAACUUCCUCCGCUGCACUGUAA